AGGAGAUCGUAAACACAUUCAAGAUGGCGGCGAACACCGAGACGCAAAAUACGACACUCUCAGAUGACGAGCAAAAAACAUUCUCAGGAGCAACUCUGCAAAUUGAUGGUGUUGACAACCAGACAGGAAAUGAGCCUGGUGUAGAAUUUACAGGACCCAAUACCAAUUUUAACAGAAAUCGCCCCGGAAGUGUGUACGGAAGACAGAGUAUCCGGAGUACAACCAGCCGCACCUCCGUCCGUCCAGGGGUGAUCAAAGGCGACAAUGAGGCAGAAACGUUCUUUAGCUACAAGGAGGAAAACUUUAACAAAGCCCUUGAAACAUGUAAAAAGACAAUGAAGGAUGAUAUUGAUGGCGAGUUUGUUGGAGCUUGGCUGCUAACUGCUAUUGACCACUGGGAUAACGAGAGGGAACGUUUAAUCAUUCUGACCAAAAACUGUAUGCUCAUUUACAAGUAUGACUUCAUUCUUCACAAGAUGGAAGAUUACAAGAGAGUCAUGCUUCAUCUGAUAGACACUAUAUGUGUGGGGGACUUUGUUUAUCCUCCCAAAAGUCUGAUGCCAUUGAGGCAACAUGGGGGAAUUCAGAUUAAGUGGAGCCAUGGGGAGGAACCAUCCUGGGCUCAGUUGUGGAACCCCUGGUGUGAGUCUAUCCCCUGGAUCAACCUUGCCCACCACCCCCUUCUGUAUAACCCCAAGGAAUAUGAGACGACCAUUUACAAUGUGGAUGACUUUUACGAGUCCCUGAUACAAUGCAUCAGUAACUGCUACAAAGAAAAACGACCAAGCGAGAAAAUCACCAUUGUUGAGGGUCCUAUAAUGAUUGAGAGCUAUGCAAGCCUGUCCUCUAUGGUAUUUAACCAGAGUGGACUUGGUUUCAACAGAGAUAGGAAAGGCAUUAGCUUCUAAGCUUUGCAAACAUUGCUGCACAAACUACUCAAAGUUGGAAGUAUUUCCUCUUCAAGCAUAGCAUUAAUAGCUUUGAAAUCCCAAACAACUGAUAUGGUUUAAUAUAUUGAAAUGGUAAACCUUUUCCAUAUUACAGCCUUUAUAGCUUUUUUCCACUUGCUGCACUGCAAAAUAACUGUGCUGAUUAUGAAGUAUUAUUGUAACACAUACAAUGAAUGCUCUUAGAGAUUUUCUUCAUAAAGUUGAGUUAUUGUAUAUUUCAUAUAGAUUUGUGUACUACAAAAGAAGCUGUGAUUUUAUAUUUUUCUUAAAAAACUGUAUAACUGUCUUAGGUUUAAGGCCAAUAUCAGACUUGGUCAUUGGUUCAGGCUGUUGUUCCCUACAGACAAAACAUCUGCAUAUGAGACCACAGGCUAUGUUCCUGUAAUGAUGCUGAUUCUGAAGUGCUCUUUUAUUUAUUUCAAACUGAUCACUUUUGUUGCUGUUUUUUUUUCCCCAUCUAAUUAUGCUUGUUGUAAAAUUUAGAUAAUCCAGUAAGCCCUCGAUACACAUUCCAGUGGUUUUCUUACUUCAACAAAUUUCUCAGCCAGUAAUUGUUUCUUGUCAUAAUGAACUGAAUUUGUUUUUGAUUUGACUUAUAAGUUAUCUGGUUUAAAGAAAAGGUGACAUAUUAAAUUUCACAAUAUGGAAAGUAGAUUUCAUGACAGAUUCUCUUCCAUUUCAUAUCUGUAUUUUUUCAUCCAAUGGGUGUCAAUUAAGGUUAUGUUUGCAAAGUUUUGUAAGCAGAGUUCGUCUUACAUGCAUAAUGUUGAUUUUAUUUAUUUGUUAACUUUCCUCAUAUCAUAUCAUAUAUUCCACAUGGGUUAUUUCUAUGGACAUGUUUUAUCUGCACUUGCCUAUUCCUCUUUUAACCUGGUUCCCGAGGCCUUCUGAAGUGAUUAGGAAGGCCUCAGGAGCCAGGGUAGUCUUCUUUCCUUGCUGCUUAUUAAUAUUUUGUUUUAUACUGGUACUUUUUUUUCCGGAUGUUAUUACAUAUAAGUGUGUACAAUUAUUGAAAGGGAAAGGUGUAUUGUCAUUGUUUAAAAUGAUUUUACUAUACACAUGUAAUGUAAUUGGAAUAUAAUCUAUCACCAAAUGAACAUGAAAUUCAAAAUAAUUUUAAAAAGUGUAUUUGAUUAUUUCAGAAGUUUGCUAUGUGCAGCUUAAUUGAAACAAUAAUUUCUUUAUACUAGUAAUGAGAUCAUUUAACAUAAAUUUUUUGCCGUACUUGCUUGAGUUGUGAUGUGCCAUUUAGAUUUUAUUACAGUAAGUAAGCAUAGUAUAGUAUUUAAUAAAUAAAUGUAUUUCUCAAUUUUAUUCAAUGGAAAGCUUUUUUCAAACUUUUGAUUCUAUGAUCACUUUUAUAUUUAUGCUAAUGCUACUGUCAUGUAUCACAUUUUGAAUUUAAGGUUUUUGCACAAUGUUGAAAAAUGACAUAGAAGUUUUAUAUUAAGAAACACUUAAUAAAUAGGCACACACACCUGUUGUCAGGUGAGUUUUUUUUUUCAAGUUUUAAAGCAAAAAAAAUUGACAAUGAACAUUAAAAAUAUGCAGAUUUUUUUUCACCAGCUUACAUUUAAGCAUACUUGGGGUAAUUAGAAUGUAAAUUAUUUCCAGGUCGUUCUGUAGAUAUUGAGUUUGUGUAAAUAUAAAGCUCCUUGUGAUAUACAGUAUCUAUUCUUUAUAUUCCGUUGUUAUUGUUUGUGCCGAAAUUCAUACGCUUUUUCUGCUCUUAGGUACAUUUUUAGUGCAAUAACAAAGUGUGUGUGGGCUGUCCUGCAGUGUAAUGAUUUCAAAAUCCUACACUGAAUGAUAACAUUAUAGUGCUAUGACGGAUCCUUUAUUUCAGUGAUUGGAGCAGUGGUUGAUUUGUAUCAUUGUUCUUAUUUUGUUCUUAAAUUCCCAGUAAAGAAACUCAAACUUGAGGUCAGAAGAUUUUCGACAGGAAAAUGGAUAGGACAGACAUGAAAUUAUUGAUCAAAAGUAUUCAUGGCACAGAUAUGUUUAACCCACUUUCCUGCAGUAGAUUUUACCUAUCCUUAAGAAUGAAGCAUAUACUAUUUGUAUCCAAAAAAAAGUGAAACACAUGAUUGUUAUGUCACAACUACUACUGCAGUUGCUGAAAUGGAAAAUCAGUCUUGGUAUUGUCUUAGUGUACCAAAAGUAAAAGAGACUAAUAUAACAACCUUAAGUGUGGUGAUUUUGAUAAAAAAGGAGAUAUUUGACAUUUCUUUAUAUUAUCUUGGUUAAAUUUUGAAUAAAUAAAGGUACAUUUGGUAUUGAUUAUUCUAUAUGAGAAUGUUCCACUAAAAAUAAGUUUCCCUUCAAAUUAUUUGUGCAUGAUGGAGUUUACCAUAUAACCUAUGCACAGUUUAGUAAUAUAUAUAUAUAUGUGUGUGAUAGAGAUUUGCCAUGUUGUGUCACAUAUCAUUUAAUUUUUAUGCUGUUUGCAUUUAAAUCAACUAAAUUUAAAAAAAACAAACAACAAACAAACAAAAUUAAUGUUCGCCAUCAUGAAAUUAAGAAAAUUGACUUUAUCUGUCAGUGUCAAAAAAAUAUCAUUUGUUUCUGUUUGACCUCUGAUAUAUUAUGACAUUUUAUGUUCAUUUUAGAUGAAGAUGAUAGAAUUCAGUUGUAAUUAUUGUUAUUGUUUUGUAAUGAAUCUGUGAGAAUAGAUCAAAGUACAUUGUUCUAUGUUA